CCUUAGGGUGUUAUUAAUUUUUGCUCCUUUUCAAUCUUGUAGAUGAAAGAAAAACGCGUUUCCUGAGUGCACUGACGCUGCGUGGAGAGGCCCUUCAGCGACCGGCUGACUGACUUUCCUCGUUGAGUCGUUCUUACAUCGAUCACUGAUCAUCAUUUGUCAGUAUUUUAUGUUCCUGCAGUAUCUUCCUUCCCAUGGUGUCGUUUAAUCUGAAGAUCAGAUAACAAAGAAGACGGAUAAUGGCGACUAGACCCAGGUCUUAUUCGCGAUCUGGGGACACUCUCUAUAAUACAUUGAGCCUAGAAAAAACAGCUAACCAGGAUGAUAUCAAGAAAGCCUACAGACGUCUUGCCCUGAAAUAUCACCCAGACAAAAACAGAGAUGACCCUAACAGUGCUGAAAAAUUCAAAGAAAUUAACCAUGCAAACAGUGUGCUGAGUGACCCUACCAAGCGUGGAAUAUAUGACCGGUAUGGAUCACUGGGAUUGUAUAUAGCUGAACAGUUUGGAGAGGAAAAUGUGAACACUUACUUUGUGUUGACGAGUGGAUGGUGUAAGGCUUUAAUGAUAUUUUGUGGUAUCAUAACUGGCUGUUACUUCUGCUGUUGUUGCUGUUGUUGUUGUAACUUUUGUUGCGGGAAAUGUCGGCCCAAACCUCCAGAAGAUGAUAUGGAUUAUGCUAAUUUACACGAUGAAUUCAGUGACAACAGUCCUGGCUCUGACUCUCCUAUCACAUCUCAGCCUGUUGCUGUGAACAGUACCGGAGACAAGCCUCAAGAACCAGCAGCCAUUCCCCUUCCUGCUCCAGAUGAGUCGACAACCCUGAAAGUUCAAGAAACAAAGAACUAUGGAGCAGAGUCCUAACUGAAGUAGCCAUUAACAUAGAGAGUUACCCAUGUUAUGUGGCUAACUGGUUCCCUCUCUCCUGAGGGGAAUAAGCGAUGUAGCCUCAGGCUGAGGUUAAUCCUCAUUAAAUAAGCAAAUAAAACAUUAUUAUGUUGAUGCUGGAGAAAUAACACAUAUUUUAACUUAGAACUGUAAUAUGUGGCCUAAUUUCUUAUUUGUAUUUAAUGUGUGUACAUAUAUGCGAAUCGCCUGUACAAUAGAGUGCCUGUACCAAUUGAUGUCUUGAUGAAGAUGUGCAACACAUUAGUUUUUCUCUUUCUAGUUUUCAUUGCUUUAAGGUGUAUCUCUGCUAAAACAGUGCACAAGUUUGAAGGACGUCAGAAAUCCAAGUUGAAGUUUGUUAUGUUAACUAUUAUACAGGCUUUUUAAAUUGGGAGAUCGUGUCUGUUUUGAAAAAUCAGAGCUCAACAUGAGGCUGGUGUUACGUAAGGGUGGAGGGAAUUCUAGAGGUUUACAGGAUAUAUGUAGACUGUUGCAGGUCUGAUUAAUGGCUUUUUCAAGGCGUUUUGGGUGCAAUAUAGAAAAUGAUAUUGAUGAAACUAUCUUCAUGUUUGUGGGUGCACUAUUACCAUUGCAUGAAAUAGGAAAUUCAGUGAACACCUUUUAAAUGCUGCCGCAGUUGACACUUUCUGAUGUUUCAAACUGAAAAAGAGCAAUUAUGGUAAUUUGAAUAGGCUGGUAUCGCUGACCAGUCAUGGAGGAGUGUGAGCCGAAAUCCCAAGUAUUAGUUGCGCUGUUAUGGCAAUACAAGUGUUUCCACAUUUAUCAUCAGCUCCCAAAGUAAACUAAUUUUGAUAUAAUUGAAGCAUGCUCGUAUCAGUAUCUGGGGACCCUUUCUGAUGCUGACAAUCAGCAGGGAAGCUACUCUGUUAGCAUCUGAUGUCCGCAUUCAUUGUCUUGUAUAUAUGUGUGCUUGUUUAUUUGGUUUUGGGAUAUAUCAGUCCAUAAGCUUGGUACAUAUAUCGUGACUUUUUUUACUCCCAGAAAGUGCAUCUCAAAUUCAUUGGUGUUCUGGCACUUCCAUGUCCUAGGUCACCCCUGGAUCCUUGGCUUUGUGCCGGGAGACCUCCCCAUUCAACACCUUCCACCCCAAAUGAUGAACAGUGGAAUAAUCAGUUGAUGUGUGUAAAUGAUGUUCUCUAGUAUGAGGUAUUCUUUAAUAUUGAGAGAUAUCCAUUUAAAAGACAGUGUAAAGGUCUGAGAAGCGAGUAGUCAUAAUCAUGAUGGAUAAGAUCUUGAUCGUCAGAUAAAUAGUUUUUCAUGCUCUCAUACCUAGUUACGUUUGUUUAUGUAGAUUAACAAGUUAGACAAUUGUUUGGACCUUAAAAGCAUGUCAAACUUACACCAGUGUGGAUGAAUCAAAACAGACAAAUGACAUAAUGAUGCAUUCGGGUUGUUUCAUACUGGUUAGCUGGCCUACAAUUAUAAACAUUUGUGGAAUUAAAUAGACACGAUCCCUGUGUAUUAUAAGAUUCUGUUGUCAACUGAUUUGGCAUAAAAUUGUAGCAACUUGUAGCUUAUUUUUGGCUAGAAAUAAACCACAGAAGUUCUGUAAUUUUCUGAAAUGAGUGAUAGACAUUUCUGUAUGUUGCGUUCAACAGUUGUAAAGAUGUAUACUAAAAAUACCAGAAAGAACACUUGGCUAUAAGCCACCAGCUUACUGUGUACAUUUUCAAUAAACCUACGCUUAAAAUAAAGAAUACUUCCAUAAUCUUGUAUACUAACGGGCUUGUUGACAACAAUUUUGCAAAAAAUAGAAAGCAUUGCAGUUUGUAAAAAUAAAACCGUACAUUGAAUAAUUAUGUUUGCAGAAUCAUAGGAUCUUGAUGAAUUUUCGAUCAGGUUUCCUGCUCACAUAUUCUGUAAUACCCUUGGAGUUUUGCAAGGGUAUCAAAGCAACCGAAAUUACUGUAUAUCUUUUGUGAUGUCUUCUUGUACUUUAUUUUUACUUCUGGUUUUUUAAUUUUUGGUUGAGGUAGCAUUAAUAAUCAGAUCAGACACAUUCCACCCCAAUAUUUGUUGUCCAGGGAACACGUAAAAUAUUCAUUAUGACCCACAUAAAUACUACGGCAUAAUAAAGUAAGCUGCUUCCCCCACAAGCAGCAUUUUUUUGAUUAUUUUCGUUGCUUGUUUGGCCUUCAUGUGUCUAAUCGGCCAUGUGUGAAUCUGCUGUGAUUAUUGUCCAUGUAUUACCCUUUGACUGUUUACAUUGCCCCCUUAAGGUUGUUCCUAUUCACUGGUGUUAAUAAUUCAUUAUUUUUAUGAUUAUUUAUUGUUUUAGGAUUUUUAUUUUCUCACUUGUAAUAUCACAGAAGUGCCAUUUCAUGACAUCCUGUAAUUGAUAUUUAAACUAGACACGAUAUUGAAGUCCUUGAAGAAAAAAAAACUUACAUUUAAUGAAAUGGCCUUUAAGAAACCACAAUUUUGUAACCUGUAAGAAAUUAAG